UCCUGUCCUGGGUGAUGCUGCAGUCAGAGUGUGAUAAGUCACUGGAGCCCAUGUAUGAGGGUCUCGCCAACCGCUACAGCACUGCAGGGGUAGAGAAGGCAAAGUUCCAGUGGGUGGACAGAGACUGUUGUGCUGCCUUUCGAGUUCCGGACCUGCAGCCCUUCGAGGACCUUCAGUGGGCUUCCUGGCAGACAACUGAUGCCAUUGCGGCAGAGGCCACCUCUGGGAACCUGCAUAAUACAUGCGCGUCACGGAGCAAGUUCAACCAAGACAUUGUGGUCAAGCUGGACUUGUUUCACUGCAUGCGCAGGUUCACCAGGGAGUGUGUUUCUGAGCACCAUCCACUACACAGCACAUUCUGCAAGUUCCUGUCUGCAGCAUUUACAGUUGUGGACCAGGGAGACCUGCAGAAGCUGAAAGAGGCCUACACCUUCUGUGGGAUUGUGCCUGCUGAACCCACCAAGCAGCACAUCAGGGAGCACUGCAGGGUGAAGGUGCCGCGUGCGAGAGAGCUGCUGCAGAGAGUGGAGGACGUCCUUCGCCAUUUCCAUCUGGCCAAGGACCCUGAUGGCACCCGGCUGUACAAGCCCUCCAUGCUCAAGGUUUGGAGGAUCCAGCGAGUCCACAUUUUGAGGGGGUGCCUCAGUGACCCAGAAGUGGAGGAUGGGGUCCUGUACAGGUACGGGGGCACUCUGCAGCUCAACCAUGUGCAGGGGGAAGGAGCCGCUGUGCCAGUGUGGAUCCCUGUCAGGGGCACUUCCCAGCAGGAGGGCUUCCACCUUCACCAGGCCUGCUGGGUGACUGGUAAUCUGGUCUCCAACGAGCUGUUCCAGGCUCAGGGCUUGACUGGCGAGGUGGAAUUUCCAGCGGCUGGUGGACUUGAAGCAGCCUGGAGUGGUGCUGCCAGCAGUGUUUGACCCGGUUUUAAUUUGCGAGUUGAAUAAAACAUCCGAGAAGGUGAUGGGGCAUGUGAAAUAUCCAGCCCUCCACAUCUCUGCCAGGGACACAGGAGAGAGGUUUGGGCUGCAGUACCUGGAGCCAGGCUGCCGUCCAGUUCCUUUGGACUGGCAAAAACACAAGGUCCUGAAGACUGCCCUUCCUCCUCCUGUGGAAACACAGCUGCCUUCCAUCACCCAGCCAUUGUCUGCGGCACCCCCUGUGGUGCUUCAUUUCCCACCUGCUCCCCCCACCUUUGAAGAUGUCAGGGACACAGACGCCUCACAGCAGAGCUUUGACAGUGGUGAGCUGUCCUUUCAGUCGGUCCAAUCACCGACAGGACGGACCCUGCCGUCACCACAGUCCACAACAUACAAAGAAGAGAGCCACUUAAUGGGCCCAGGUCUGCAGAGCACUCCUCCCCUGCCACAAGCUGCCUCCCCCAGAGCUGCACGCACAGGACCAGUAAAGGCUGGAGGGCUGCUGUUUGUCUUGGACCACAACAGGUGGCCAGCACCCAUGAGAGCCGCCAUUGAUGGACUGCUGGCCCAGCAUAAGGGAGAGAAGGACUUCCUGAAGCGGGUGGACAGAGACUAUGCUGCUCUGGUGCAGAGUACAUGCUCUGACCCCAACAGUCUCCUGCACCCCACCACAUGGCAGCAUAUUUCACGCUAUGUGAAACAUGCAGCAAAACAAAUUAACACCAACACUUCACUGAACGCCAGCCCAGAGAAACUGCAGGAGACCCAGCAGCUGUGGCAGCAUCUGACUGCAGGGAGUCAGACGGUCACCGUGCCAGUGGUCACCCUGCCUCCAGCCGUGAUCAAUCCCCCUGCUCCCAUCACAUCCCAACCAAGUCACACCCAGGGAGCCCCUGUGACCGAUUUCACAGUCCGGUGACUGGUUAAAGAGCUCCUCGAGAGGCAACAGGCGGCAGUUCAACAACAAAAAAGAACAAGGAACUGCCUUGCCUGUGGCCAACCAAAAUCUCGGUACCGGGGUGAUGGCUCCACAAUCCACUUUUUUUAUCAGACUGGGGAGGUUAAAUACUUCUACUGCUCCACGAAAGUCUACCAGACUUAUGCAGGAGAAGGACUCACCAACCCCAGGAUGCCAUUUCUCGAGUUUGCAGACACACCUUUUUUUCAGAGGGAGCUGGAGGCCUCAAAGCAGAGAGGAGCCCAGAGGAAGCAGGUUCUGGAGCAGAGGGGGAAGAGAAAGUCUGUGGAGGUGCAGCCAGCAGGCCCCCUCUGCAGGUUCUGCCACCUCCCCAUGAAACGGGGCCCCAAUAGCCCUCAUGUUCAUGCCUACUUCCCUGGGUUAGCAGGGAAGUAUGUAUAUUGUCCAACCAAGGUACUGUCUUUGUACCAAGGACAGGGCAUGGACAGGGAGUUAAGCUGGCAGGAGUUUCAGCGUACUCCAUUUUAUGAGGCUGAGAGAAACAGGUGGAGAGAUGAAAAGGGAAAGUGAAAAUAUUGACUUUCCCAUUCCUGUCCAUAUCAGCCCUGUAUAUAGUCAUUCAUGUAUAAAGUUAUUAACUUACACUUUUGUUGUGUUUAUAUGUUUGUAAAAAGUCUAUUAUAUACAUAAUGUUGUAUUCUUUUUUGAGCACUUAUAAUGCGUGUGUCUGUGUGUGUAAAUUUGUAAAAACCCGUUGCAAAUAUUGUUCUUGUUCUUAAAGUUGCCAUAAAAAUAUUUUAUCCAACAUC